UGUUUUAGGGUAUGGUGUGUGUGGCACAAGAAUUAAGAGUAGAGUGCAUAGUGCACAAUUGUACUAGCACAGUUGGAAAGGAAAAAUUGGAAGUUACUUUUCCAGCAUCUACGUCUGUGCACACUCUAAUUUCACAUGUGGCACAAGAAAUGAAUUAUGAUCCAAAUUCAUUUCAGUUGACUCUACAGACUCCUGAUGCAACUAGAGUUUUCACUGAAAAAACUCCUGGUUCUCUGGAAUCAGCUGGACUCUGUACUGAUCCUGGAGCUAGGAAUGCACUUUUUCUUGAAGGAAUCGGGGGCAAUUCAAAAACCCUUGUCAAAGUUUACAAUUGUGCGAAAACACAAUCAAAUGCUGACUCAGAAAAUGCUGCUGUCACAUCUCCACCACCUCCAGACCAGUUUCCAACUUAUCAGCUCCCAGCCUUAAGACCUCCUACUGCUUCUCCUGCUACAGAGUAUACAUUUACAACUCCCUUAAUUCGACAUGAAACAGGUUAUGUUGGUCUUGUCAACCAGGCAAUGACCUGUUAUCUUAAUAGUCUUCUGCAAGCUCUAUUUAUGACUCCUGAAUUCAGAAAUGCCUUAUAUAAGUGGCAAUUUGAUGCAUCACAUAGCAGCAGCCCAUCAAAAUGUAUUCCAUUUCAACUUCAGAAACUGUUUCUCAAUCUUCAGACAUCAAGUAAAACUGCUGUGGAAACUACUGAACUUACUAAAAGUUUUGGCUGGGAAUCUGGAGAAGUUUGGCAGCAACACGAUAUACAAGAACUUUGCCGUGUUAUGUUUGAUGCCUUAGAACAAGAAUUCAAGGAUACCGAACAAGCUGAUCUUAUCAAUCAGCUAUAUCAAGGAAAAAUGACUGAUUACGUUAAAUGUUUGGAGUGUGGUACUGAAAAGUUUCGUGAAGACACAUUUCUUGAUAUUCCUUUGCCUGUACGGCCCUUUGGAAGUACUGUUGCAUACGGCAGUGUUGAAGAAGCUCUCAGAGCCUUUGUUCAACCUGAAACCUUAGAAGGAAACAACCAAUACUUUUGUGAUGUUUGUGGAAAGAAAUGUGAUGCUCACAAAGGGCUCAAGUUUACAAAGUUCCCUUAUUUAUUGACCCUUCACCUUAAAAGAUUUGAUUUUGAUUAUUCUACAAUGCACAGGAUAAAACUGAAUGACAAACUUGUAUUCCCUGAAAUUUUGGAUUUAAAUAAUUUUGUGAAAUCAAAUAAUCCCACUAAUGAAACUGAUGGCGAAUGCCAAGAAACGUCAACAAAAUGUGAUGAUUCAUCAACUGCAGAUUCAGCCCUGGAUGAAGAUACCAGUCAUGCUGUGGAAUCCCAAAAUAAUGACAUCGAUCAGGAAGAAGAUGAAGGAAUUGAUUUGAGUAGUAAUUCUGGAAAUAUUCAUGAAAAUGAAAAAAACAAGCUACAAUACAUGAGUACAGGACCAUUUGUUUAUGAACUUUAUUCGAUCAUGAUACAUUCUGGUAGUGCUAGUGGUGGUCAUUAUUAUGCCUACAUAAAAGAUUUUGCUAAAGGAGAAUGGUUUUGUUUUAAUGACCAGUCAGUAACAUCAAUAACCCAUGAAGAUAUAAAAAAAACAUAUGGAGGUUCUGGUGGAUCUGCAAGAGGAUAUUACAGUGGAGCAUAUAGUUCAAGUACUAAUGCUUACAUGCUUAUGUACCGACAAAUCAACAAAGACCUGAACUGUUUUUCAAUGGUUGAAGAAGAGUUUCCCCCUCACAUUAAAAAAUUGCUGGAAGAAAUCAAGGAAGUAGAAGAAAGAGAGAAAGCUAUAAGGGCCAAGCAGGAAGAGAUGGUGAGGAUUAAGGUUCAUACGGCACAUCCUCUCAUUGGUCCUUCACGAAGUAAUAAAAUGUAUUGUCACAAUGAUCUCACCUUGGCAGAAGUUAAAUCCAUGGCAUACAGUUACUUAAAACUUGAGGGUACAGUACCAGAAGACCAGUGCCGACUUGUAACAUACAAUAAAUCUCAAGAUGAAAUGGAAGAGAGUUUAGAUGGAAGGGAAAAGGAAACCAUAGGAGAAAUAUUUUCUAGCUUGAGAUAUACCAACAGUUAUGAUCUAUUUUUGGAAAUACGUGAAAAAGAUAAAAUGUUCUUACCUUACAAUAUUGGUGAUGUAAAUAUAACUGUGUAUAUAUGCAAUCUUGAGAAAGAAGAAAUAGAAAGUGUCCACCAAAUUCGAACAACUCCUUGUCAAAAUAUACCUGAACUUAAGAAACUUCUUCAGAAUUAUAUUCCUUUGAAAAAUGCUGAAACUCAUCUUGUUCUUAUAAAGCCGACUUCAUUAGAAUACAUGAGUGAUAGUAAUGACUUACCUCUAAAUAAACUGGGUUUUUCAGCUUAUAACAGGGUGUUUAUUUGUCCUCAAGGGCCUGAGGGAGAUAUUUCUAAAACUUUUCAAAAUUCAGAUCUUUAUAAGCUUCUUGAUGAAGUGAAAAAUGUUAUUACUCUUCAUCUUAAUUUACCUGACAACAGAAAAGAAGCGCUUGAAUUGCUGUUAAUUCCACCAUUGGUUGAAGAAAAUUGUACUGUUAAUGGCGAAGAAAAACCAUCUGACUCGACACCAACUGGUGAAGGACUACCUUUGACUAAUGGUACUGAAGAGGAGCCAGGUUAUAGUAGCGGAGCAGGCGGAACUUCUGAUCAAAGUACCAGUGAGGAUAGCAGUUUAACCGACAGUGAAAGGACUAUAAUUGGUGAAGUGAUCAAUGAAUGCCCUCUUUCAAGCCCUAGUGAUUCAGAUCAACAGUUAUCGUCAUCUGAAAGUCAUACUCCUGCAAAGGUUAAUCAAGUAAAUGGUGAAGCUGAAGAAACUUGGGAUAUUGAAAAUGAGCAGUCAAACAAAAAUUAUUAUUUCAAAGCCUCUUUAUAUAAUGCUGAAGAUGGACAACGAACGCUGAGAGUGGUUGUUGAUAAAAACAUAGACAUACCGCAGUUGAAAAAAAAAUUGGAAAAAUAUUUGGGUGUAGCUAGCAGGUUUAUGAAACUAAUGAAAGGUCCUGAAGGGCAGGAGAUCACAUGCUCAUUGAAGUGGUGUAAAGAUGAUGAAAGGAUUACGGUGAAAUUGGAAAGAGUUUUAAGCGAAGGGGAACAAAGGAUUACCGUUAAUCAUCUUGUCCUCAGUGCUCCAAAUCCUGUACAAUAUAUCUGUGAUUGGAUCGUAAAAAAUGGUACACCAAUAUCUACACUGAAAAAAGAUCUUCUUAGAGAAGUGGAAAAGCGGGCUGGACUGAAAAUUCCAUAUGAAAGGUGUAGGCUGAGGGAACAAAAUUGGAAAAAUCCUGGUGAUGUAUUGAGAGAUUCAGGAGUGUGGGAUGAAGGUGCUAUAAUGAGUAGGCAACGAGUCGAAGUUUACUUGCAAGAACUGGAGGGUCCUGAACCAGUAACAAAUCCUCAUCAAGUGUUGUUAUUUGCUCGAAGAUGGUAUCCCUCUACACUUAGUCUUGGUUCAUUUGAAGAAAUUGUUGUCGAUUCUUUAUCUGCCACCAAUUUAAGUAAAAAACUUUCUGAAGUAAGUGGUAUCUCUGUAGAACAUAUAAAGUUUGUCAAAGGAAAGACGUCUUUUCCGUGUGACAUGUCUGUAAUGAACAUCAGCCAUCUUUUCUGGGAAUCGGAGUCGGAAUGGAAAUAUGACUGGGAAAGAGAGGAUGGAGCAGUUAUAUUUUAUCGUGACAGCAGGGAAGAACUAAAAAGUUUAAGUAAAGAAGAGCAGGAAGCAAGCAGUAAGGAAACAACAGCUACUAGCAAUAGUUCACCUUACAUAUCUGGUUAUUCACCAAGAAAAGAAAGAGCACUCAAGAUAUAUCUUGAUACAACACCGAGACGAGCAAGAUCAGUUAUAGAUGUUGAUUGA